ACACGUGACGUCACAGUCAAGUCGUCGUUAUCACGUUCGCGUCUAAAAGGCUUCAAAGCGUGCAUUUAAGUCAUUUUUAUGGUGCUUGUAGCCACCUAAGCGCUACAUUUAACGCGACCCUUCGCCGGAAUUUAGCACUGCACUGAGAGAUCUUCCAUGAUGGCAAACAGCAUGAAUGAAGUGGACCUGGGGGAGGUUUUCAGGAAGUUCGCCGUCCACGGCGACACCAAGGCCACCGGGAAUGAGCUCAAUGGGAAGAACUGGGCCAAGCUCUGCAAAGACUGCAAGAUCAUUGACGGCAAGAACGUGACAGGCACCGACGUGGACAUUGUUUUCUCCAAAGUCAAGCAGAAGACGUCUCGCGUCAUCACCUUUGAGGAGUUCCAGCUGGCGCUGCAUGAGUUGGCGCCACAGAGGUUCAAAGGUAAAAGUCACGACGAGGCCCUCCAGUCCAUCUUCCGCCUGGUGGCGUCGGGAGCACCCAGCAACGUGAGCGUGACGAAAACAUCAAAGGCAGGGGGGGUGGACCGGCUGACCGACACGUCACGCUACACGGGCACGCACAAGGAGCGCUUCGACCAGAGCGGCAGGGGCAAAGGCCGUGAAGGCCGUGAGGAUAUCGUGACCAACACGGGCUACGUUGCCGCCUACAAGGACGCCGGAACCUACGACACCAAGAUGAAGGAGUUCAAGUAAGACGCCGCCCCCUGUUGGCAGGAAGUUGAAGCACUUAGGCCAGGAUCGCGCACGCGACAUGACCGUGAUGCAGCAACUUCCCGUCAGAGGCUGCGUGCACAUUUUGCUUUGUAAAACGUCUGGAAACUGCACUUCUUCUGUGUGUAUGCGCGCAUCUGUGGUGUCCAUAAAAUGAUCACAUGUAAGUUUUAUUCAUCUCACUCUUUCUAAUGUGCAAAUGUACAUCUCCUUCCAAUGUUUCAUGUCUCUGGUCGCCAUGGCGACAACAUGAGUUGAUAAGUGGCCUCCUGCUCUUCAGAAAAUAAAACCUGAAUGAAAGAACACAAUAGCGUUUGUUGACAAGACAAGACAAAACAUUUUAUUGAUUGUACGCUUUCUCUUUUAACGAGGUAGUUUAUUGCUCGUUCAGCAUAUUUACAUCCGUGCAACCUCGACUGAGCGUUAAGCUUCGAAAGUUGCUGCUCUCUUUACCUGUCAGGUGAUGAACCUGCCAGAUGACAUUUCAUUGGCUAGCUUUACAUUUUUUUCUUUUACAAAGUUAAAUGAUUAUCAAACAGGGUGUUUAUAAAAAAAGGAUGCAUAGAUACAGUGGAACCUUGGACUUGCUGUCAUUUACGCGUGUCUUUUGAUUGGUGAUAUCAUGAGAAUGGAUGACAAUAA